AUGGCAGCCAAUCCGAGCGAUAUCAUCGCAGCCUUCAUCCCCGACGCCAUCUCCGUUCAGGAAGCCGCUGAGAAGCUCGCUGCGCCUGCCCGCCAGGCCUUCGAGAAAGAUGGCGACCUAGGCAAGACCGAGCACGAGCUGGAGAGGCUGUGGACCGCCGUCACCAGCGCCGCCGAGCAGACCCCGCACGCCCAGCAGAGCAAGCUGGUCGACAUCGUGCUCGCCAUCAAGGCCAUGCCGCAGCCCGCGCACGAGAGCAAGAAGCUGGAGAUCUGGGGCGAGGAGCAGCGCUGGGAGCAGCUCCCGCUGUUUGGCGCCAAAGCCCGUGAAGGGCUGGACCUCGCUUCGGACAAGCCCGACGACAGCUUCGUGAACCUCAAUGCCUUCUACGCCCGCGUGACGGCCGCCGGCGCCUGCGACCUCAGCCUGUACGCUAUCUGGAUCCUGCGCGCCGCCCUCGAAGACCCUGAGGAGGAUGACAUUGCAACCGACACAAAACCGGCAAGCCUCAAGGCGGCUUCCGUGUGGCUCAUAUACGCGGCCGAAACGCUGUCGAAAUUGAGCCGAGAGAAGAAGCAGUUCGAUGGGAAGAUCGCCAAGCCGGGGAGAAGCCUGACCAUUUUCAAGGAUGCUCCGGGCUGGCAUGGUUUUUGUGAGGAUCGAUGGGAGACUUGGGUCGAUCGCCUCACCCCUCUGAACGAAGCGAGCAUUGCAACCGACGCGAAGCCGUUGGUUAGCCAGGCAUUGGAGGCGGCUUCCAAGGUUUCCAAGAGCAGUGCCUAG